ACGCAUGUCAAUUUUUAUAUGUUCUAUUACUUUAUCAAUAUCUGUUUAACGUAAAUGAAUUAGAUACUCAGUAAAGGACUAAAGGUGAUGUUUUCAAAAAACCAACAUACAUGUAUUUAUCUGCUCGUUCAAAUCAGCAUCCUUUACAGAUAGUGCUCCUUACUGGCAACGAGAGGGGACACGGUUGCGAGCGGAAGAAUGCAAACAAUUCGACGCAGAAGACGUUUUUGGGAACUAUUACAAUUACAGACAUAUUGCGUUGCAUUAGCAGAUCGCACGUCAGAAAGCAAAAGGUUAUCUCGUUCCUCAUCAUCAAGUACCCGCUAAUCGUAAGCGGCAUCGCUGCAAGUACAGAGCUGCUUGAUCGAUAUCAAGUUGGCAGUCGGUGAGGAAUUACCAAAAGACUGGAGACAGCGUAUUCAUCCGUCCAUAGAGGAAUCGGAAGAAUCGCUAACCAGCGGAGACAUCAUCUGGCUCGACGAUGCAAAUGACAGCGAUAACUGGGCAGCGCGAGGGCGUGAGACCGGUCAAAUGUUCAGCCACAACUACUGGCCGAAUAACGGAAGAUGUAUUCCAUAUCUCAUACAUCCGGGUUUUGGCGUCGAUGCGUGGAAUGUAAUAAAGAGCGCCAUGCGUCAUAUAGAGCAACGCACACAAUGUUUGAGCUUCAAGCCCCGCACAAAUGAAGCUGACUACAUCUCCAUAGCCCCGCACACUAGCAGGUGUAUGUCCCGCGUAGGACGAACACCCGGCAACGCCACCGAGAUCAAACUGGGAAAGCAGUGUCUGACACGCGGCAUCAUCGUCCACGAGCUGAUGCACGCGUUAGGCUUCUACCACGAACACAACCGGCCGGAUCGCGAUAUCCAUGUGCAAGUCUUCCCGGCGCACGUGCAAUCUGGAAUGUACUACCCGAACUUCCGCAUCCUGACCAACAUGUCCACGUACGGCGUGCAGUAUGAUGUGGAGUCGAUAAUGCACUAUGCACCAUGGGACUUUGCGGUGAAUAAGAACCAGCCAGCGAUGAUCCCGCGGUAUGGUCAUUUGGCCAAAAUGGGGCAACGUUGGGGACUGAGUAAGCUGGACGAGCAGAAGAUACAGCGAGCGUACGGCUGCAUCGAUGACAAUUUGGAAAAAGUGGAACUACCGCUAAUCGUGUGCGACACCAAGGACGCUUUCACAUCAACGCCGGUUUCUGUUACUAAUCCGAUUGUGACAACCCUAGCAGUCACUUUGCCAGCAGCAACGACUGGAACAAGCGCAUUUGGCACAAUUGUUGACGGAUUGGGAAAGAUCGACUGGCUGUGCACCGAGCGCUGCACCGACAGAUCGUGGUGUUUGCUGGUCAAUCCCCGGACACCAGCCAACUGCCGUGAUAAGGCAACCGGAUGUGACUGCAGUGCCAACGGUGUUGCUGCUAUUCUGGGCGCGCUAGCGGAUAACAGGACGUGAACAAUGUUAUGUUUGGCAUUUUCCAAAUUGUACUGGUCAAGCCAGUAUAAUUUUUGCUCGUCGCUAGAUCACUCGGCAGUCGGCACUCAUCUCUCGUCUGCUUGUUUCAAGGCGAUCCCAGGACUAAAUAAAAUUUCCGCAAAGAACUAGCGUGGCUGUUAGUUAUAUAAUCUGUACUUCAGCAAAGUUUUUUUGGUGUAUUAAAUAUUGUCAACUGU